UUCUCAAUAUGCGUAGAGACAGCACUGCAGCCUCCACGCUCAGCGGGAAUGAGAAUCCUGUUUUAUCUGGACGAUUUGCUCCUGCUGGCUCCAUCCAGACAGGAAGCAGCGUCACAGACGGAUAAACUGUUAGCACACCACAGGAUGCUGGGUUUCUCCAUAAACUGGGAAAAGAGUUCUCUCAUUCCGGCCCAAUCCAUCACGUAGCUGGGUGUGGAUUUGAACUCUGUCACCAUGACAGCUCAUCUGUCUCUAACCAG